AUGAGGCUUAGGGCUAAAAAAGUCCAACUCCUUGCUUACCUUGCUCCCUUUGGAGCCCGAAUUGUAAAGAAUCCGUUGAAAGCCCUUUUUGGUAUGGCCUUGUCUCAAAUUGCCGCCAACAUUUCCGACCACUUGAUCCUCCUUUCCCCUUUCUGCUCUAUUCAUCAGCCCCGCACGCAUGCAGAAAGGCCUACACUAUCCCUUCGUGCGCUGUUCAACCGAGGAAGGGCAAGCCCGAAAGUAUCCUCUCCUCCCGACGGGGUUCGAGCCCAAGUUUUCCGAACGAGUGGCAGUCUCAGCACAGGCACACAACAUUCUCCCCACCAAUCAGCGACCUUCGCCAAGGCCCAUUCAACUGAUCACUCUCAGUUGCUUGAUGUCAUGUAUCCAGCCGAGACAGAGUUGGAGGUAUUUGCUGUUUCAUCUUGA